GCAUACUCAUUAAAAGUUGAGUGGAAGGAAAACGUGUGGUAGGAAAGGUGCACCAGCAACAGGGAUAAUUGCAGCCUUGAGAGGUUUGUCAAGCAAAAUGAAAAUGAACAGACAACAUUCAGUGUCUUUGAAAAGAGACAUUGCCACAGCCAUGUACAUAAAAAUGUCCUGGAAUUGUCUUCUGGGUUUUGUUUUUGUUUUGCCGCACCAAGAUUAGUGACCCCCAUCUGGCCACAAAGCUUUCUGGAUUCGCCCGUGCUUUCUAAAUAGAGUGAAUUUAAUUUAUUAUUUACAAUCCAUUUGGGAGGAGUAGGAAUCAGUACUUCUACCAUUGUUUUUUUGUGUGUUUUAAUUGGACUGUUUAGCAGCAGUUUUCAGGUGGUCGCGUUUGGGUGAUCCAGCCCGGAUAUACCCGCCCUCUCUCGGACCACCGACGCAGUGCCAGGUUCGACCAGCAGCAGCAGCUCACCGUCUCACGCACUCUACGCACACUAGAUGAUCGGAGGUAAAGACCGGCCGAGGAUGAUGCUUGGACCGGCUCAGAGAAGCUGCCUCUGCGGGGUUAGGCAGCAGGCGGCAGCGGUGCGGCUGUAAGAUGCACCGGAUAGGACCAGGUCAGAAUCUGUGUUUCCUGUGAGGCUCGUUUGCACUGAAAAUGGCCGGAGAUGGCGGCGCUCUGAAGGAUAUCAAUGAGAUUAAAUCCCAGUUCCGGACCAGAGAGGGUUUCUACAAGCUGCUCACCCUCUCCGACUCGCAACAGCGGGGCGGCCUGCCGCGGGGCCCGACCGCCGGAGCCACGCUGGGGCCCGGGCCAGGACCCGGACCGAUCCCCGGUGCAGGGGUCGGGCUGCUGCAGGGGCCCGGGGCCGCCGCUUCCUCUUCCUCCUCCAAUACAGCGGCCAACUCCUCCCCGGCGGGCUUCCUGCCGCCGGUCCGGGUCUCCAUGGUGAAGCUGCAGCCCGAAGACCCAAGCGAGGAGUCGGAGCGGGUGUGCUUCAACAUCGGCAGGGAGCUGUAUUUCUACACCUACACCAACAUCAAGAAGGCCGUGGACCUUAGUAAACCCAUAGACAAGAGAAUCUACAAGGGGACUCAGCCAACGUGUCACGACUUCAAUCAGUACUCUGCCACAGCCGAGAGCGUGGCGCUCAUCGUGGGUUUCUCUGCCGGGCAGGUCCAGUAUCUCGACCCCAUCAAGAAGGAAACCAGCAAGCUCUUCAAUGAGGAGAGGUUGAUAGACAAAUCCAAGGUGACGUGCCUGAAAUGGCUUCCUAAGUCAGAGAACCUGUUCCUGGCCUCCCAUGCCAGUGGCCACCUCUACCUUUACAACGUGGACCACCCCUGUGGAACAACAGCCCCGCAGUACUCCCUGCUGCGGCAGGGCGAGGGCUUUGCCGUCUACGCCUGCAAGAGCAAAACGGCACGCAACCCCCUGCUGCGGUGGGCCGUGGGCGAGGGAGGCCUCAACGAGUUUGCGUUUUCCCCAGACGGCGUGCACGUGGCGUGCGUGGGUCAGGAUGGCUGCCUGCGCGUCUUUCACUUUGACUCGAUGGAGCUGCAGGGGGUGAUGAAGAGCUACUUUGGUGGGCUUCUCUGUGUGUCCUGGAGCCCUGACGGGAAAUACCUGGCUACCGGCGGUGAAGACGAUCUGGUCACCGUCUGGUCGUUUGCUGAGAGUCGAGUGGUGGCGAGGGGCCACGGCCACAAGUCUUGGGUUAACGUUGUGGCAUUUGAUCCCUUCACGACUUCGCUGGAAGACGACGAGCCAAUGGAGCUCAGCGGCAGUGAGGAAGACCUCCAUCAGGGGGCGCAAAAUAACUCCAUGCACUUUGGUCGGGUUCGAACAAGCAGCACAUUGUCGCGGCUCUCUCGGCACAGUUCUAAAGGUGGCGGUUCGCCUUCUGUGACCUACCGGUUCGGCUCAGUGGGGCAGGACACCCAGUUCUGUCUGUGGGACCUGACAGAUGAUGUGCUCUACCCCCGCCUGCCUCUGUCCCGGGCCUUUACUAACACUUUCGGGCCUUCUCUGCCCAAUUCUGGCAGCGGGGGGGUCAACAGCAGCUCAGGUGGUGGAGGGAGCGGUGGGGUGGAGGGCCACCAUCACCCACCGAGCACCAACACCGGCACCUCCAACCCACCGACACUUCCAUUACCGCUGCCUCGCUCCCUGUCCCGCUCCAACUCCCUGCCCCACCCUGCAGUGGCGAAUGCCUCCAAGGCUCAAGGCGCCUCUGAGGGCAGCGGGGGAGGCGGAGGAGGGGGAGGGAACAGCAGCAGUGGGAACAGCACCCCGUUUAGCAUCGGCCGCUUUGCCACGCUGUCCCUGCAGGAGCGCAAGUCGGACAAAUCUGGAAGCGGAGGGGUUGAGAAGGAGCACAAGCGUUACCACAGCCUGGGCAACAUCAGCAAAAGCAAUGACAAGAUCAACGUGGCACCCAGGAGCAACCGGCUGGACGGCGCCAAAGUCCUCGGAACCACGCUGUGCCCCCGUAUGCACGAGGUGCCGCUGCUGGAGCCGCUGGUCUGCAAGAAGAUUGCACACGAGAGGCUGACCGUCCUGGUGUUCAUGGACGACUGCAUCAUCACGGCCUGCCAGGAGGGACUGAUCUGUACCUGGGCGCGGCCGGGGAAGGCGAACCUGACGGCACAGAACGGGAACUCUCCAAGUGGGACGGUGGUAUAGCUGGAGGAGAAGCUUUGCACUCAUCCCUCCCUCUUCCAUCUCUUCAGUUCACCGUUGUCUUAUCUGUUCGACACCACCUUCCACCUCUUAAACCUUCUUUCGGGGCCAACGACCAGGACCAAAGCCCCCUCUACCACUCCAGUAUUAACCCCUCGGUGUGUCUCUGUGCUCGCUGAACCUCGGAGGUGGAAAACUGCUCAUGAAGCCUGAAACCCUGAUGCAGAUUCCUGGACUUGGGAAACAAUUUCCACAUUUGUUCCUGUUUUGUUUAAGAUGCAUUUGUUGUUUGAGAGACAGGGUUUUGCAGAGUAGUUUAGAGCUGCUAGUAUCUUACAUGCAGCAGACGGGAGUCAGAGACAUCUCAAGAUAAAGAAUCAGGGGAAACUCCCAGAUGAGCAAGAACCCAUUACCAAAUGCCUAAAUUUACAUUUUUAUUGGUUUAAAUGUUCUUAAAACAUCAACUGAAUUAGUUUUAAUUAUACGUGCAGAUGUUAACACAUUUCAAAAGUACUUUAGUACUUUCAUCUCCAUUGAGUGUACAAAUUACCCCUGGAGGACAUCUCUGGUAUUACUGUUAGCUCAACUUCUAAAUGAGAUUUCCCCCGAUUCUUCAGAGAGCGCAGGUUAAAUACUGACUGCUCAUACAGACACCUUUAAAAGAAAGUACACCCUCUUUUAAAUAUUACCUCAGUAGUAGCAGUCGUCAUGAUUUGUUAUACAAAGAUGAUUCCCAAAUACACAGUUUGUGUAAAGAAAAGCUAAGUACACCUUUUCUGUUUUCAUUGGGUUAAAAGGGGAAAGCCUGGUGCUGCUGUUCAAAUGCACUUGAUCAACUGGUCGUCUUCGGUGUGAGCAGCUUUAUGAAGGCAGGAGUUCUGGCAGCUGAUAUAGACCACAAGGCCAAGGUGGAAAGACAUCAGCAGUGACCACAGAGAAGCAACUGUUGCUGCACGUCAAUCUGGGAAGGUUCAUGAGGUCAUUUUCAAAGCAUUUCAAAUCCAUCAUGAAAGCAAGAGAAAGAUUAUUCAUAAGUCCUCCCAGAAGUAGACGUCCCUGCAAAUUCAAAUCAUGCAACGCACAGAAUAACUGCAAACCCAGUAGCUCCAUUUCAGCCACUGCAGGCUUCAGCUGGCAUGUUAAAUGUUAAACUUCAUGACAGGGUGUCUUGGUGGAAAGGUUGAAGUAAAAAGUCUAUUUUGUCUCUGACGAGAAUGUGGCAGCAGGACUUACGUUUGCUAAGCUGCAUCUGAGUGAACCAGAAGACUUCUGGAAGGAUGUCCUUUGGACAGAGGAGACCCGAGUAGAGACAUUUGGACAUAAUGCACAGCAGUAUGUCAGGAGAAAAGCAAUCACAGCAUAUCACCCCAAACACCUCAUGCCGAUUGUCAUGCAUGGUGGAGGAGGGGUGAUGAUCAGGGCUCAUUUUACAGCCGCAGGAAAUGAUCUGUCUAGAAACUUCAAAAACCAGAAGCAACGUUAAGAAGGUUGUACCGAAGUUUCUCCACGGAGAUGAGACUGAUAAAGUCAGAAGUGUUAUGGGGUGUACUUAGUUUCUGAUGCAAAUCUUUUCUAUUUUGGCUUCAUCUCUGUUUAAUAAAUAAGGUCCCAUCAAGGAUAAGAGGGUAAAGACGAUAGAUGGGUGGAACCUGAAGUGUUCGUCCAGCACCUGAGCUACGAUUUAAAUGUUUUUGGAGGCCGGUGAAGACCAGAUCAGUAUAAUAUGUCCUGAUACAUCAAAUCUGAGAUGUGAAGGAGCGUGUACUUUCUUUUUUAUCAUGUCUGUAACUGCUCUGCAAAACACUUCUGUAAGAAAAUGUGCAAAUGUAACCGGCAGAUGUGUUUUCUGGAAUAAUUCUUUCAUUCUGUUUUAACUCCAUCAGAUUAAAUCAGAUUUGAUUCAGCAUCUCUAGUUUUAGUUUAGAAACAUUGAAUUUAAAAUACUGCAAUGCUGGUGUUCAGGACCUGUUUUCCACCUUUUUCCCUCCCAGAGCUUCAGCUCCAACCCUCCUCAUCCUCUCUGUCAGUAACCCUGAAGGAGCGAGCCUCAGCUUCAUCUCAUGCAACAGACUGUGAACGCCACGUCAUUUUAUUUAAGUUAUUUAUCACCGGACUGCAUAGUAAUUUAUACUGUAAAUAUUAAAUGCUCUAUAAAUACAAAAAGGAGAUGAUGACUCGGCAGCAACGAAGGAGUAGAGAUGAAGAGUAUAAAUAUAUGAAUAAGCUUCUAUUGUACAUAGCGAGAGCAGUUAUGUAGGGAGCCAGAAAAUGUCACUGUUUUUUAUUUGGUGUUUUGUCCCUGAGAGCAGUUGGAACGGUUCGGAUGUAUCCUGCUUCCCACUGAACAGCACACCCACACACAAACACGAUCCAACACACAGAACCACGAGCCCGUCACGGUGUAGCAUCUUGGACUUACUGUGUCACUUGAGCUGCCUCUUGCAAGAAUUUGCACAUCCAAUAAAUUCACAGUGCACACCUCUGA